GGGCAAAUCAUUUCUGUUUCCCAAAUCGCCUCCAUCUCUAUUCUCGUUCUCAACUCUGAACUUGCCCUAAUCUACAAGAAUCAGAUCAGCCUCCCAAAUCGCCUCCAUCUCUAUUCUCGUUCUCAACUCUGAACUUUCCCUCUCUCUGUCUCUGCAACUACAAACUACAAAAUCUACAAUAAUCUGAACCCAUAUCGGCAUAUCAUUUCAGAUUGUUCAAAAAAUCAAAACCCAUAUCCUUCAGUUUCCAUCGCCCGCUGUUCCAGUUCGGGUUCGCCGUUCGAAAGCUUUAGCUUCAGGCCCGUUGUCUCUCAACUCUCAAGCCCUCUCUACUCUCUCAUAAGGAUGAGGUUGAGUAACGACUUGAAGAUCAGUAAUCGACCAAAAUUACAGAACUCUACAGGUAAAUUUGGUUGUAUACUAUGAAAUGCGGAAAAUGAAACAGGACCAAGGUUUAGAUGUGAUAGCAGAAGGUCUAGACACGUUAAAAAGCAUGGCCCAGGAUAUGAAUGAGGAAAUGGAUAAGCAAGUCCCUCUGAUGGAUGAGAUAGACACUAAGGUGGACAGGGCAACAUCUAACCUUAAGAAUACCAACGCUAGACUCAAGGACACUGUUAAUCAGCUGAGGUCAAGUCGAAAUUUCUGCAUUGAUAUUAUUCUGUUGUGUAUAAUUCUGGGAAUUGCAGCCUAUUUAUACAAUGUCCUGAAAUAGUAAAGUGAUACCAUGGGCAACGGAAUCUUCUUGGCUUGAUCUGGUAUUGAUUGGCUUGCAUUGGUUGAGGUCUUGCUCUGUUCUUGAUUUUGGAUUUGAUUUGUUUUAUCAACGUUUAUAUCUUUGAGGUCAAACUUGCCCCCCUCUCUCUCUGCAACUGCUAACUUGUAUGUAUGAGUUUUGUUUUAAAUUUUAUUCUAAAUCAACUAAUCAAGGUCUGUAAUUCUUGUUUUGCAAACUAAAUCCUAUUUAGUGAAAUUUUUUAUGAUCUUUUAUAUAUAUAUAUAUAUAUUUUACAAUAUAAAGUAACAAAAUUUGCAUUGCAUUUUGAGGUAAUCACGUAAUCUACAUUUUAUUUCAGCAAAACAAAUAUAUAUGUUUCUGUUUCUAUAACUUCUAUUUCUGUUUGGAUUUUUUUUUUUUUUUUGGUUGUUGUCAAUUAUGUCUACAAGAAAAUUUGAAGCUGGGCAUGAAAAGCGAAAAAAAAAAAAAAAAAAAUCUGAAUUGGAUUAGAAAUCUGCAGAGAUUGAAUCUGUAACAAUUUUUAUCAACAUGCCAAGCUUUUUGAAGACGGAAAUCUUUUCAGAACUAAAAAAAUCAUAACAAGAACUUUGACAAGCAAAAGUACUUAAUAUAGGGUAGUUGCUUCUUGAAAAUUAAAAUACUUACAAAAAGCAUGCUUUUGAGUGAAUUCUUCCAUUAGUGUUGGAAGGGGCUUGCCAUGAACUACGUCACACUCCGCUUCCACUAGUAGAUUCUCAAAUAGGAUUAGUAAAUUGGUCAAAAGAAGAGAUAGGGUACUGACUGGUGAAUUGUUUACAAAUAAAUUGGUAAUUUUGUUUUUAUUAAUUACCCAAAUAGGAUUUUCUAUGCCUUAAUCAGUCAAUUGUCUAAAGAAACAUUGUUAAUUAACUAAAAUUGAAUUAAACAACAGUUGAUUUUGGUUGAUAUAUUUUGAUUUAGCCCACCCCAUUGAGAAAUCCUGGAUCUGCCCUUGCCUCCACCGUCCACCCAGGCACCGCGUCAUCACUCACUUUGUCUCACAUAUCUAUCUCUAUAAGCGUACUGAUCUGUUUCAUUGAUUUUCAGCAUCAAAAUUGUCUGUUAAAUGCAAUUUUUUAUUUUAUCUUUAUAUAAUACUUGUAGAGUUUUUUAUUGGUUUCAAACUGAUUUACUCUACGACUUCAAUAUAUUUUCUGAUUAUUGGUCCAGUUCUGUUGGGAAAGGAAAUUAUAUUAGAAAGCUUGUAGAGCAGCUGAUAUCAGAGAUAAUUGAGGUAUUGGAUGAUUCAAGAAGUUGUGAUUGGAUGGACUGGAAGGUAGCAGUUGCACAUUGGGUCGGUCACUUUGCUUUGUUCACUAUCAGCAAGUUUUAGUUACUACCAUAUUUCAAUGGUUGCUGUGAUUUGUGUAUGGCCUUGGACUUAUUGUUGUCAUGUUUUGUCAGUCUUCAUGUUGUCUUUUGUUUUCUCCUCCACAUUGAGGGCACCGUGUAAUUAUUCUAUCAUCAAUACAAGCUUACCCUUAACUUAUAUA